CCUCGCCUCCCCCUGCGCCGGGCGGAGCGGGCGGCGAGCGCCGAACCGGGCGCGCUGUGGCGGAGCCGGGGCCGGACCGGGACCAUGGGCGGCCUUUGCCUCGCAGCCUCCGGUGGGUGCCUCUCUUCACCCGCGCUGCGUCCUGCUUCUCCACCUCCAGCCCCGCACCUCGCCAGCCUCCAUCCGCGGUCCCGCCCCUCCAGCCCGCUCCUGCCUGGCCCCCGCACUCCUGCCGCCUGAUUCCUGCCGGAACUGGUGCUCGCAGGAACCCCCUUCCCCGGCUGUGGCGAGCCGGCUGGUCUCCAGAAGGCCCGCGGGUGAACCCGAGUGUGGAGCAGGCAGUGCCCAGCCAGCCUCACAGACGUGACGUGACUGCGGACGGAGCUUGGCAACAACUCCUCCUCGGAGGUGUUGGUGCCCCAUCUGGACAUCUGUGCGAAGAGGAUCUAAAGCAGACAAAACUGAGGACUUAAGCCCAGGACACAGCAUCUCAGAUGCUCUGAGAGACUGCUUCUGCAGAGUAAGACAUGUCUACUUAAGAAAAUUUGGAAAAUGCAGAAGAUUACCAAGGAGAAAAGAAAUCUUCUAAGAUCCCACCACCUGCUUAAAGAAAUAGUGCCGUGUGCCCUUUCUCUGCACGUGCUGCUGAUGUGGUCCCACAGAGAAGCAUCUUCAGGCAGCAAGAAAAGCAGAACCCUCCUAACAGAACUCUGAAAGGCCCCAAAGGCCAUCUGCUGGGCAGGAACACUUGAAGAUGUUCGUGUAAAGGAAAUGGAGCCCUUCCAAAGGAUGUGUUCCUGAUUCGAGGUGAAACCAUGAAGAGAAGAUAAAACAAAUAAUAAUGCUUUUCCGCAAUCGCUUUGUGCUGCUGCUGGCCCUGGCUGCGCUGCUGGCCUUCGUGAGCCUCAGCCUCCAGUUCUUCCACCUGAUCCCAGUGUCGGCAGGCAAGAAUGGAGUGACUAGCAAGAAUCGAAAGAGGAUCAUGCCUGACCCGGUGACGGAGCCCCCCGUGAUGGACCCCGUUUAUGAAGCCCUUUUGUACUGCAACAUUCCACGUGUGGCCGAGCGCAGCAUGGAAGGUCACGCUCCGCAUCAUUUUAAGCUGGUCUCAGUGCAUGUGUUCAUUCGACACGGGGACAGGUACCCACUGUAUGUCAUUCCCAAAACGAAGCGCCCGGAAAUUGACUGCACUCUGGUGGCUAACAGGAAACCGUAUCACCCUAAACUGGAGGCUUUCGUGAGUCACAUGUCCAAAGGAUCCGGAGCCUCUUUCGAAAGCCCCUUGCACUCCCUGCCUCUUUACCCCAGUCACCAGCUGUGUGAGAUGGGAGAGCUCACGCAGACAGGGGUUGUGCAGCAUCUGCAGAAUGGCCAGCUGCUGAGGGACAUCUAUCUGAAGAAACACAAACUCCUGCCCAGUGACUGGUCCACAAAGCAGCUUCACUUAGAGACCACUGGCAAAAGCCGGACGCUGCAGAGUGGGCUGGCUCUGCUUUAUGGCUUUCUCCCAGAUUUUGACUGGAAGAAGAUUUAUUUCCGGCACCAGCCCAGCGCUCUGUUCUGCUCUGGGAACUGCUAUUGCCCGCUGAGGAACCAGUACCUGGAAAAGGAGCAGCGUCGGCAGUACCUGUUGCGUCUGAAAAACAGGCAGCUGGAGAGGACCUACGAGGAGAUGGCCAGGAUCGUGGACACGCCCACCAAGCAGCUCCGGGCCGCCAACCCCAUAGACGCCAUGCUCUGCCUCUUCUGCCACAACGUCAGCUUCCCCUGCACCAGGAACGGCUGUGUUAACAUGGAGCACUUCAAGGUGAUCAAGAGGCAUCAGAUAGAGGACGAGAGAGAGAGGCAGGAGAAGAAACUGUAUCUGGGGUACGCACUCCUGGGCGCCCACCCCAUCCUGAACCAGACCGUGGGCCGCAUGCGGCGCGCGGCGGAGGGCCGGAAGGAGGAGCUCUUUGCUCUCUCCUCUGCUCACGACGUCACUCUGGCCCCGAUUCUCAGUGCCUUGGGCCUUACCGAAGCCAGGUUCCCGAGGUUCGCGGCCAGGUUGAUCUUUGAGCUCUGGCAAGACAGGGAGAAGCCCGGCGAGCACUCCGUCCGGAUUCUCUACGACGGUGUCGACGUCACGUUCCACACCUCGUUCUGCCAGGAUCACCACAGGCGGUCUCCCAAGCCCAUGUGCCCCCUCGAAAACUUCGUCCACUUUGUCAAAAAGGACAUGUUCGUGGCCCUGGGUAGUGGUAGCACUAAUUAUUAUGAUGCGUGUCACAGGGAAGGAUCCUAAAAGGUACGUGGUGCGGCACUAACAGAAUCUAUGCCAGUACAGAGGGAUGGGAAAGGUCCGCUUCUAGUUCUUUUGGUUGCUAAGGGUACAAGGUGAUUUCUAAAGGCCGGAAAUCAUGCUUGGGGGCCACAUAGAUUUAGGGUUGAACAGUGAGUAUGUUGCUGUAAUUGGGUACGUGAGUUACUUGGUACACAAUGGCCAGUUCACAGAGAAAGGAAGGUACUUUAUCAUAGCCAGACUUUGCUUAGGAUGCUAGAAUAACACUUCAGUACCCAAAGCUGCCAAUCCACAUGUGUGUUCUUUUGAUCUGCCUUGGUACUGUAUGAUGGAACCAGCAAACCUCAGCCAAAAGUUUCUUAAUCUGGGACAAUCUUACCUUGUCCUUGUUCAGUGAACAAUUUCCUGAAGUGAUUUAUCUAAAAUAGGGGUAGGCAGACUUUUUCUGUAAAGGGCCAAAUAGUAAAUAUUGUAGACAUUGUGGACCAAAAGGCCACACAUAGCGUCUGUCACAGCUACUCGAUUCUGCUCUUGUAACUUGAAAGCAGCGACAGACAGCGCGUGAAUGAAUAAGCAUGGCUGUGUUCAUAGGCCACACAGAACAGGUGGUGGGCCAGGUGUGGCCCGGGGGCUGUAGUUUGCUGACCCCUGUUCUAAAAGCCAGGCUCUACUACAAUUGCACUUCCAGCACUUUGCGAGAGAACCAGUUGAAUACCCAGAAUUAUUCAGUGGUGCCUCCAGUAACUUCUGCUAGAAACACAGAAUCUGUAUCUGUAUCCGACAUUAUAACAAAACUUGAGGGGAAAUAAAUAUUGAAUCAAAAUGAAUCAUAGAAAAAUUAUUAGAAUAAUACUUGAUGUUCAUGAUGAUUAUGGUAUAAGAUAGUUUUGAGUAUGUCUUAAAUAUUUGUCUGCUGUAGUCUAUUUGCUGUACAUGCUGAAAUUUUUGUAUUCCAUUUAGUAUUUUUAUAGUCUAGGAAAAUAUUUUCUAAGACCAGUUUUAGAUGUGCUCUGAUUCCUAUGAAAUAAUUCAAUUUACUGUAUCUGCCUGGGGGUUAGAAGGGAGCCAGGAGCUGAAUUCAGGCACUUUCUUCCAAUAAAACUAAUUAUGGCUCAUUGCCUUCGACAAGCA